AUGCCAUCUUCACCCGAGAUAUACUCCCCUAGCAGCGCAGCUCCUCCUGUUUCUUCUCCAGCAGAUGAGUUCACCGAUGAGGGAGGGCAGGGAGGGCCGGAGACAGGGGAGGCGGAAUCGGCGGGUCCGGGAGGGCAGGAGGUAGAGUCGGAGAGUCAGGAAGGGUUGGAUGAACAGUUGGUUGAGGCGGGAGGGCAGGAGGUAGAAUCGGAGACAUUUCCCCCUGCUACGCACGUACCAUCCAAUCGUCGCACGCGGCAUGAGCUUGCUAGUUACAACACUGCUGUGAAUGAGAAUGUUGAAGUCAGAGAAGGCAGAACCCGUGCGCAAACUCGGGCAGUAAAUCAGCAAAGCGUAUCCGGCCUCAUGGCCACUCUGGGACCCAUCUCCGCAUCAGAAAUAGUAGAGGCACCCUUAAUGGAACAGAGAGCAUCUGAUGCGGUGGAAUUGCCGAAAGUGCUCAUUCAGGACGUACAGUCAGAACCGGGUAGCUACCAAGAAGCCCGCCAGUCAAUGUACUCCACGAUUUGGGACAAGGCCAUGUCGGCAGAAUUUGAAGGCUUGUUAAGAACAGGAACGUUCGCCUUAGCAGUAAAGGCUCCAAUAGGCUGCAACGUGAUAGAUGCUACAUGGGUCUACAAAUGGAAAGCAGAUGAAACAGGCAAGAUAAUGAAGGCCAAGGCUAGGUUUGUAGCGAAGGGCUUCAAGCAGAAGCAUGGUGUGGAUUAUCUUGAAACUUUCUUGCCUACUGCAAAUAAUGCUGCAUCGAUUCGCUUAUUGUCGGAAUUGGAUCACGAGGUGUUCAUGAAGUUGCCUCCUGGCUGUGAGUCGAUGACAGGAAAGGAAGUCCGUUUUGACAAAAGUUUGUUUGGACUGAGGCAGGCAUCUACAACAUUUCACAAGAGACUUGUGUUGGGCCUGAAGAGCAUUGGUUUUGAACAGUCUCUCUCAGACCCCUGUGUUCUUCGUUUCAUGAUGAAAGACGAGGUGUUAGGUAUGAUUGCGAUUCAUGUCCGUGAUGGAGGAGAGGAUGUGCAGUUCCGAGAGGUGGUGGGGAGCCUGAUGUGGAUCGCCAACCAGACGAGGCCCGACAUCUCAAAUGCUGUGCGGGCAGUGGCGAGGCACUCUCACGAGCCAAAGAAAAGCCACUGGAAGGCGGCCCAAAAGAUUCUAAAUUAUCUUCUGGAGACGACACAUCUAGCUUUGAAGUACAAGCAGGACACUUUGGUAGCAGUAGGCACGUUGGUGUACGUAGACGCAGACUUCGCUAGCAAGGCCCCUGACCGUAGAUCAGUUCGGGAGCACCACUAAUUCUUGUAGCUGACUGUCUUGUUGCUUGGAUUUGUAGGACGCAAAAAUGCGUUAUACUUUCAACAACUGAAGCAGAGUAUGUUGCGAUGGGUGACGGUGAAAAAGAGGCUUUGUUUGUCAACGGAAUGCUCGAGUUCUUGAGGCCUAGUGAUAGCAUUUGGUAAGAUUCAGGUUCUGUAGGAAUGUUCCUCGUAGAUGGUGCAUUGCCGCGAGUGUGUGCUUUGUGGAUAGUGCAUCAGUCAGAGGAUUCAUGGUGUAGUCGCCGUGGCCGUCGGUUCGGAGCAUCCAUACUCCCCCUCACGACGAUUUCGGAGAAAUGACGAGAAAAAGACGUGGAAAAGAAAGAUCGACGGUGUCGCGCGGCGAGAUGUAGUGAUGCCGUGGUUGCUUGAAGGAAUACCACCAACCCGUUGAAGUUCGAAUAUGUAGAUCCCCCGAAGCGCGUGCGCAUGGCAGAGCUGUUUGAUGAUGCAGCUGCUGUCGGCUAGGCGAACUCCUCCACUUGGCGGAUGAUGUCGUCCUGAAGCUUCCGUACUGGCUUCAUAAACUUGUCACCUAGCAUCGCCGAGGGUGAGACGUGGUCGAGGGAGAUGCGAUCCUCAUUGACCCAUGAGCGAAGUGCGUGAUAGCGGACCGCGAUUUCCCUGGAGCAGUUGCUGCCGUCCGUCUUCAUCUUCACCCUGAAACGCCAGCGCGCCGAUGAUGCUGUAGCCGGCUGGAACAGAGGAGAACAGGAUGAGGUCGGCAACUUCGUGGUCGUUGAGGCUGUCAAGCUCCUUGCGUAUGGCCUUCUGCCAUUGGGUUGCUUGAGGUGAGGCCAUGGCUUGCUUGUGCGUGUUGGGCACGUCCACUGCUGCCGGCGGAAGAACGUUGUCGAUUCCAACAACUCUACUACACUCGGUGUAGGAGUCGAGGGCGCCGUAGAAGGAGUUGAUAGUUGCCGACUUGAGCUGCUGUAGAGCUCUAGCUUGCUGAGGUUUGCCCUGUCGGGCUGCGGGAGGUCCGUAGUGACCGAUGAGCGCAGUCGUGAACUUAUCUUUCCCGCGCGUGGAUCUGGAGCGGAGGAGCGGCUGCGGCUGCUGAUGGCGUCGCUUGAGCUGGUGUCCGUAGGCUCGGUGUCCGUUUGCUCCAAAAGCGAAGUACCCUUGUUGAUGACGUCCUCGUCCGGCGGGUUAGGCUCGUCUUCGACGUCAGAAACAGACUCGUCCGAAGUGCUGUGUUAUGGAAAUGUUAGCACAUAGCCAUUAUGAGUCAAUGUUCAGUAGCACUGCACUUGUACGUCGUAGAUCAUCGUAGAUCUGUUAUGUGCCGGUUGGUAUGUAACGUGCGUUGUAUAUGCGGAGGAAUUACUUCUGUAGGAUUCUAUGUUGCCUUGACGAGUAGCUCACUCUCUCGUGUGGAUCCUUCCUGACUGUCUGGCAUCGUAGCCAUCCUGGUCAUCUCCAGUACCCAGCCAUCUUCUGGACUCCUGCAUACUCUGCGGUUUAUCUGUGUGUGUUGGCCACAUAAGCGCCAGUGUUUACAACAUCUUGUCACCUUCUUCAUCACACGGAAGCACUCACGUCUUCCAGGGCGUCCACUACACUAGUGUCACCAACUUGAUUAGCGUCAAGGACACAGCCUCUCUGCCACCUUGCUGGGGUAUUAUACCACAAUAUCCA